CUCCCUCCCCCGCCGCCUGGGCUGAAUCUUAUUGAUCCAGAAGGUGGCUAAUUAGCCCUUCCCGUCGUGCCUGGGUAAUGAGGCACAUGCGCACUGCACUAAUCAGCCAUUUUUUGCAGGAAACUAAUUAGCAGAAUAAAGAUCCAAAGAGUUUUUUUUCUUCCCAAUCAUCAGAUCUGAGUCCGGGCGCUUCCUGCUCCGGCGACCGCCAGCCCCACCGCCCGCUCCGCCCCGACCGCCGCUGCUGCUGCUGCCGCCCGUGGCCCCCUCUCUCCGGGGGGCUGCAAACUCCCCAACAACGAUGCUGCUGCUGGGCAGCGGCGGCGGCGGCGGCGGCUCCUGCUCGGCUCCGGCUGCUGCCUCCUGCUCCUGCUGCUGCUGCCCCGGGCUCCUCCUCGGAGCGCGCCGCUCCUGCCGCUGCAGCCGCGGCAGCCUGCAUGGGAUCCGUGGCCCCAGCGCCUCUGCCCGGGAUUAAAAGCGCCGCCGCCGCCGCUGCCGGGGAAGCGACCGUGUCCAAGCCGUAGUGGGUGCAAUGAAAGCUCCAUGCAGGCCUUACCAUGGAAGGCUGUGACUCGCCUGUCAUCUCUGGGAAGGACAAUGGGUGUGGCAUCCCUCAGCACCAGCAAUGGACUGAACUCAACAGCACCCACCUCCCUGACAAACCCAGUAGCAUGGAGCAGUCCACAACCGAAAACCACGGGGCCCUAGACAGCCUGAGGGUCCCCUUUAAUGAGCGCAUUCCAGACAGCACCAACUCAGCUGGCCCCAACACUGAGUCCACUAGCAAAGAGGUCAGCUGCAACGAAUGCUUGGCCUCCUUCGCCAGUUUACAGACCUAUAUGGAGCACCAUUGCCCCAGUGCCCGCCCACCUCUUCCACUGAGGGAGGAAAGUGGGAGCGAUACCAGUGAGGAGGGGGACGAGGAGAGUGACGUGGAGAACCUUGCUGGAGAAAUAGUCUACCAGCCAGAUGGCUCCGCGUAUAUUGUUGAAAGCGUCAACCAGUUGAUCCAAAGUGGGGGAGCCUGUGGCAGUGGGGCUCUCCCUUCGUUCGUUAUGAACUCUCUACCCAACGCUGGGGGCAAACAAGGAGAACCCUCCUCUGCUGCACCCGUGUACCCACAGAUCAUUAAUACUUUCCACAUAGCCUCAUCCUUCGGGAAAUGGUUUGAGGGCUCAGACCAGUCCUUCCCGAAUACCUCAGCCCUGACGGGCAUCAGCCCCGUCUUGCACAGCUUCCGCGUUUUUGAUGUGCGACACAAAAGCAACAAGGAUUACCUGAACAGCGACGGUUCUGCCAAAAGCUCCUGUGUAUCCAAAGAUGUUCCCAACAAUGUGGACCUGUCCAAAUUUGAUGGCUUUGUGCUCUAUGGGAAGAGGAAGCCCAUACUGAUGUGUUUCUUGUGCAAGCUCUCCUUUGGGUAUGUCCGCUCAUUUGUGACCCAUGCAGUGCAUGACCAUCGAAUGACUCUGAGUGAGGAGGAGCGGAAAAUUCUUAGCAAUAAGAACAUCUCCGCUAUCAUCCAAGGGAUAGGCAAAGACAAGGAACCCCUUGUAAGUUUUCUGGAACCAAAAAAUAAAAACUUUCAACACCCUUUAGUUUCCGCAGCUAACCUCAUAGGCCCUGGACACAGCUUUUACGGUAAAUUCAGUGGGAUUCGAAUGGAAGGGGAAGAGGCUCUCCAGACUGGCACUGCCAGUGGAGCAGAGCAGCCACCAUCAGGCAUCUUGGCGCCUGGUGCCCUCUUGAACCUUGGUGGGCUGACCAGCUCGGCUCUGAAAACCCCAAUUACCUCAGUCCCCCUGGGCCCGCUGGCUUCCAGUCCUACCAAAUCCUCAGAGGGAAAAGACUCUGGGGCAGCAGAUAGUGAGAAGCAAGAAAUGGGUGACCAGGAUAGCCUCUCGGAAAAGGCAGAGCCAGCUGAGGAGGUGGAGGAUGAAGAAGAGGAGGAUGUGGAGGAGGAGGAGGAAGAGGAGGAGGAGGAGGAAGACGACGACGAUGAGGGUUGCAAAGGACUGUUUCCAAGCGAGUUGGAGGAUGAAUUGGAAGAUAGGCCCCAUGAAGAGUCUGGGGCUGUGGCAGGUAGCAGCAGCAAAAAGGACCCUGCUCUCUCAAACCAAAGCAUUUCUAACUCUCCCUUAAUGCCUAACGUGCUCCAGACCCUGUCAAGGAGCACAGCUUCUUCUAGUUCUAAUUCUGCUUCUUCCUUUGUCUUUGAUGGUGCAAACAGGAGGAGUCGUUUAAGCUUUAACAAUGAGGGCGGUGGAGCCAGUGUGGCAGAGGGCAGCAGGAGGUUGGACUUCAUCGAUGAAAGUGCCAAUAAAGACAAUGCCACAGCACCAGAACCAAAUGAGAGUGCAGAGGGUGAGGAUGGGAGCUACAUCUCCCAUCACCAGCAUGCUGGUUCCCUCUGUGAGCUUGGGGGUGGGGAGUGCCCCUCGGGGAGUGGCGUGGAGUGCCCAAAGUGUGACACCGUCCUGGGCUCCUCACGAUCACUAGGCGGCCACAUGACCAUGAUGCAUUCUCGCAACUCGUGUAAGACACUCAAGUGUCCCAAGUGCAAUUGGCACUACAAAUACCAGCAGACACUUGAGGCACACAUGAAGGAGAAGCACCCCGAGCCAGGUGGCUCAUGUGUGUACUGCAAGAGUGGGCAGCCACACCCCCGGUUGGCACGGGGUGAGAGCUACACUUGUGGUUACAAGCCUUUUCGCUGUGAGGUCUGUAACUACUCCACUACUACCAAAGGCAACCUCAGUAUUCAUAUGCAGUCCGACAAGCAUCUCAACAACAUGCAAAACCUGCAGAAUGGAGGGGGAGAGCAAGUCUUCAGUCACGCUGCUGGGGCAGCGGCAGCAGCUGCGGCAGCGGCAGCAGCUGCGGCAGCAAACAUUGGUAGCACCUGUGGGGCCCCCUCACCCACCAAACCAAAAACCAAACCCACCUGGCGGUGUGAGGUGUGUGACUACGAAACCAAUGUAGCAAGGAACCUUCGCAUUCAUAUGACCAGUGAGAAGCAUAUGCACAAUAUGAUGCUGCUUCAGCAGAAUAUGACCCAAAUCCAACACAACCGGCAUAUGGGCCUUGGCAGCCUGCCCUCCCCAGCUGAGGCUGAGCUGUACCAGUACUACCUGGCACAAAACAUGAAUCUACCCAACCUGAAGAUGGACAGCACUUCAUCCGAUGCCCAGUUCAUGAUGGGUGGAUACCAACUCGAUCCCACCAAUCCUAUGGCAACUAUGGCUCCAUCUCUAGUGGGUGGAGAGAUCCCCCUGGACAUGCGGCUGGGGGGCGGGCAGCUGGUGUCCGAGGAGCUAAUGAACCUGGGUGAGAGCUUCACACAAACAAAUGACCCAUCACUGAAGCUCUUCCAGUGUGCUGUGUGCAACAAGUUCACUACAGACAACCUGGACAUGCUGGGGCUGCACAUGAAUGUGGAGCGCACCCUACCUGAGGAUGAGUGGAAGGCAGUGAUGGGGGACUCAUACCAAUGCAAGUUGUGCCGCUACAACACACAACUCAAGGCAAACUUCCAGCUCCACUGCAAAACUGAUAAGCACGUGCAGAAGUACCAACUAGUAGCGCACAUCAAGGAGGGUGGCAAGGCCAACGAGUGGAGGCUGAAAUGUGUGGCCAUCGGGAACCCCGUGCAUCUGAAAUGUAAUGCCUGUGACUACUACACCAACAGUCUGGAGAAACUGCGUCUGCACACAGUUAACUCCAGGCAUGAGGCCAGCCUGAAGCUGUACAAGCACCUUCAGCAUCAUGAGAGCGGGGUUGAGGGCGAAAGCUGCUAUUAUCACUGUGUCCUCUGUAACUAUUCCACCAAGGCCAAGCUGAACCUUAUCCAGCAUGUGCGCUCCAUGAAACAUCAGCGUAGUGAGAGCCUGCGCAAACUGCAGCGCCUUCAGAAGGGCCUCCCUGAGGAAGAGGAAGACUUAGGUCAGAUCUUCACCAUCCGCAAGUGUCCAGCUGCUGAUGCCGAAGAGUCGGUUGAAGAUGUGGAAGGGCUGAAUGAGACACCGGCUGAUCCAGAAGAGCCUACGAAAGAGCAAGAGAGUGGCAGUGACAAGGACCAGAACAAAUGGACAGCACCAGCCAGCCAGGCAGACAAGGAGCUGACAGAGUCUCCAGCAUCCUCCAAACGCAUGUCAUUUCCCAGCAGCUCUGAGUCACCUCUCUCCUCUAAAUGGUCAAAAACUUCAGAGGAGACCAAAUCAGAGCAGAUGUAUCAGUGUCCAUACUGCAAAUACAGUAACACCGAUGUGAACCGGCUGCGGGUGCAUGCCAUGACCCAGCACUCAGUGCAGCCCAUGCUCCGUUGCCCGCUCUGCCAGGACAUGCUCAACAACAAGAUCCAUCUGCAGCUGCACCUCACACACCUGCACAGUGUGUCACCCGACUGUGUUGAAAAACUCAUCAUGACGGUGACAACACCUGAAGUGAUGAUGCCCAGCAGUAUGUUUCUCCCAGCAGCCACUCCAGACAGAGAUGGAAACACCAAUGCAGAGGAGCCGGGGAAGCAGGCUGAGACCUCUGAGGACUCCGGAAAAAGCAUUCUGUCAUCUGAGAGCAUAGAGCACAGUGGAGAGUCCAAACCUGUUCCUGCCGAUCAGAGCUCCACCAGAGAGGACUCUGGCUUUCUUUGCUGGAAGAAGGGGUGCAGCCAGGUGUUCAAAAGCUCAUCGGCCCUUCAAACGCAUUUCAAUGAAGUUCAUGCUAAACGGCCCCAACUGCCAGUGUCCGAUCGCCAUGUCUACAAGUACCGUUGCAACCAGUGCAGCCUGGCCUUCAAAACCAUCGAGAAGCUGCAGCUUCAUUCUCAGUACCAUGUCAUCAGAGCAGCUACUAUGUGUUGUCUUUGCCAACGCAGUUUCCGAACCUUCCAAGCUCUGAAGAAGCACCUGGAGACGAGUCAUCUGGAGUUGAGUGAAGCAGACAUUCAGCAGCUUUACAGUGGGCUUUUGGUCAAUGGAGACCUCCUAGCUAUGGGCGACCCUUCGUUGGCGGAUGACCAUACUAUCAUUGUUGAAGAUGAUAAAGAGGAAGAGAGUGACCUAGAAGAUAAACAGAGUCCUACUGGCAGUGAUUCUGGGUCAGUACAAGAAGACUCUGGCUUGGAACCUAAGAGGGCCCUACCUUUCAGGAAAGGUCCUAAUUUCACCAUGGAGAAAUUUCUCGAUCCAUCUCGCCCAUACAAGUGCACAGUCUGCAAAGAAUCUUUCACACAAAAGAACAUUCUUUUGGUCCAUUACAAUUCAGUUUCUCAUCUGCAUAAACUGAAAAGAGCCCUUCAGGAGUCUGCUACUGGGCAACCUGAACCUACCAGCAGUCCAGACAACAAACCUUUUAAGUGCAACACUUGCAAUGUGGCCUACAGCCAGAGUUCUACGCUGGAGAUCCACAUGAGGUCUGUCCUACACCAGACCAAGGCUCGAGCUGCCAAGCUGGAGGCAGCUAGUGGCAGUGGCAAUAGUAAUGGAACUGGGAAUAGCAGUAGUAGCAGUAUCUCUCUGGGUUCAUCCACACCAAGUCCAGUGAGUACUAGCAGCUCUAAUACCUUCACAACCACCAACACCAGCAACGCUGGCACAGCUCCAGUCCCUAGUUUACUCAACCAGGGAUCCAGUGAGAGUGUGGGAAUUUCCUCUUCGAGUAAUCCCGUUAGCACUAACAUCGUCUCUCCUUCUGAGCCUAAGGACGUCAACCGGAAGAAACUGGCAGACAUGAUUGCAUCCAGGCAGCAGCAACAGCAACAAGCUCAAACCUUAGCACAGGCGCAAGCCCAAGUCCAGGCCCACCUACAGCAAGAGCUGCAGCAGCAAGCUGCGCUCCUGCAGUCUCAGCUGUUCAACCCUGCUCUCUUACCCCACUUCCCCAUGACCACAGAGACCCUGCUCCAGCUUCAGCAACAGCAGCAUCUUCUGUUUCCAUUUUACAUCCCCAGUGCCGAGUUCCAGCUCAAUCCAGAAGUUAGCUUGCCUGUGACCAGUGGUGCUCUGACACUAUCUGGUACUGGUCCAAAUUUGCUGGAAGAUUUAAAGGCUCAAGUUCAGCUCCCACAGCAGAGCCAUACACAGAUAUUACAACAGCAGCAAGGUCAACUAUCUUUGUCACAGUCUCACUCUGUCCAUAUACAACAGAGCCAGCAUCAAGAGAAAAAAAACAAAUCCGUUAUUAAGGAGAAGGAAAAAGAAACCCAGAGGGAAAGGGAAAAUGCAGAGAGGGGAGACAGCAGUUCAUUGUCUAAGGAGUCUCUGCCUGACAACCUAAAGCCCAAAGACAAGAAAGACUUUGCCCCAGGCAAUAGUUCAGAACCCUCCCUACUUCCUCCACGUAUCGCAUCUGAUGCAAGAGGCAAUGCCACAAAAGCCUUGCUAGAAAACUUUGGCUUUGAGCUGGUUAUUCAGUACAAUGAGAACAAGCAGAAGGUGCAAAAGAAAAAUGGGAAGACAGAGCAAGGUGAGAACUUGGAAAAGCUUGAAUGUGACACAUGUGGCAAGUUUUUCUCAAACAUCCUCAUUCUAAAGAGUCACCAAGAGCACGUUCACCAACACUACUUCCCCUUUAAGCAGCUGGAGAAGUUUGCCAAGCAGUACAGAGAGCACUAUGAUAAACUGUAUCCACUGAGACCUCAGACUCCAGAUCCGCCACCACCUCCACCUCCGCCUCCACCUCCACUCCCUACAGCACCUCCUCAGCCAGCUUCCACUCCUGCCAUUCCUACUUCUGCUCCACCUAUUACUUCUCCUACAAUUGCACCAGCCCAGCCGUCUGUGCCACUCACCCAGCUCUCUAUGCCAAUGGAGCUGCCCAUCUUUUCACCACUUAUGAUGCAAACUAUGCCACUACAAACAUUACCUGCCCAGUUACCACCUCAGCUUGGUCCUGUAGACCCUCUACCUGCAGACCUAGCUCAGCUGUAUCAACAUCAGCUCAACCCUAGCCUUCUACAGCAACAGCAGAACAAGAGGCCACGUACUCGGAUCACAGACGACCAGCUCAGAGUUCUUCGGCAGUAUUUUGAUAUUAACAACUCUCCCAGUGAGGAACAGAUCAAAGAGAUGGCAGACAAGUCUGGACUACCACAGAAAGUGAUAAAACACUGGUUUAGAAACACUCUGUUCAAAGAACGCCAGCGCAACAAGGAUUCCCCGUACAACUUCAGCAAUCCUCCAAUUACCAGCCUGGAAGAACUGAAGAUAGACUCACGGCCUCCCUCUCCAGAACCUCAAAAGCACGAAUACUGGGGAAGCAAGAGGUCCUCCAGGACACGGUUCACUGAUUACCAGCUCAGAGUCCUGCAGGACUUUUUUGAUGCUAAUGCUUAUCCAAAGGAUGAUGAAUUUGAACAACUUUCUAAUUUGCUGAACCUCCCUACACGUGUUAUAGUGGUGUGGUUCCAGAACGCCCGUCAGAAAGCUAGGAAAAACUAUGAGAACCAAGGAGAAGGCAAAGAUGGGGAACGGCGGGAGCUUACAAAUGAUAGGUACAUUCGAACAAGCAACUUAAACUACCAGUGCAAAAAAUGUAGUCUAGUCUUUCAGCGCAUUUUUGAUCUUAUCAAACACCAGAAAAAGCUUUGUUAUAAGGAUGAGGAUGAGGAUGGACAGGACGAUAGCCAGAAUGAAGACUCUAUGGAUGCAAUGGAGCUGUUGACGCCAACCAGUUCCUCCUGCAGCACACCAAUGCCCUCUCAAGCUUACAGCACCCCCACAUCUUCAGCUAAUGCAACCUCUUCAGCCUUCGUGCAGCUCACAGCGGAGGCAGAUGACUCCUCCAUGUAUAGUUCUAAAAUAGAAGCUACAGAUGAGAAACCAAAGCAAUCUGAACCUCUGAGUACACAGCAAAACCAAACUCAAGACAAGCAAGUACAACCAAAGCAAGAGCCGCAGCCGCAGCAGCAGCAAGACCAAGGAGAACAGAAGACAAGUUCAACACACCAAAAGAUCUCACCAUUAUCCUCCCCAUCCUCAUUACAACAACAGCCUCCACCACAGGCACAGCCACCCCAGUGUCCUUUGCCACAGUCAAGCCCAAGUCCAUCUCAACUCUCACAUCUUUCCCUCAAGCCCCUUCAUACGUCCACCCCUCAACAACUGGCAAACCUACCUCCUCAGUUAAUCCCGUACCAGUGUGACCAAUGCAAACUGGCAUUUCCCUCCUUUGAGCAUUGGCAGGAGCAUCAGCAGCUUCAUUUUUUGAGUGCACAAAACCAGUUUAUCCAUCCGCAGUUUCUGGACAGGACACUAGAUAUGCCUUUCAUGCUUUUUGACCCCAGUAAUCCACUACUUGCAAGCCAGCUGCUAUCUGGAACUCUACCUCAGAUUCCAGCAAGCUCAGCCACUUCACCCUCAACCCCAACAUCUACAAUGAACACUCUGAAGAGAAAGCUGGAGGAAAAGGCCAGUGCAAGCCCUGGGGAAAAUGAUAGUGGGACUGGCGGAGAAGAACCUCAGAGAGAUAAGCGUCUAAGGACAACUAUUACCCCAGAACAGCUGGAAAUUCUGUACCAGAAGUACCUGCUCGACUCUAACCCAACACGGAAGAUGUUGGAUCACAUUGCGCAUGAGGUGGGCUUGAAGAAACGUGUUGUGCAGGUUUGGUUUCAGAACACUCGAGCACGGGAAAGGAAAGGGCAGUUUAGAGCUGUGGGACCUGCCCAAGCCCAUAGACGGUGUCCUUUCUGCAGAGCUCUCUUUAAAGCAAAGACGGCUCUGGAAGCUCAUAUCCGAUCCCGUCAUUGGCAUGAGGCUAAGAGAGCAGGGUACAACUUGACUUUGUCUGCUAUGCUCUUGGAUUGUGAUGGAGGACUCCAAAUGAAGGGGGACAUUUUUGAUGGAGCAAGCUUUUCCCACUUGCCACCAACCAGUAGUGAUGGUCAGGGUAUUCCUCUCUCACCAGCAAGCAAAACUAUGGAGCUCUCACCUCGAACUCUGCUUAGUCCGUCCUCCAUUAAAGUGGAAGGAAUAGAAGACUUUGAAAGCCCCUCCAUAUCCUCAGUUAAUCUGAGUUUUGACCAAACCAAGUUGGACAAUGAUGACUGCUCUUCUGUCAACACUGCAAUCACAGACACUACAACAGGAGAUGAAGGCAAUGCAGACAACGAUAGUGCAACAGGGAUUGCAACUGAACUCAAAUCAACAUCAGGACCUAGUGAGGGCCUGACAAAGGCUGCCAUGAUAGCAAUGUCUGAGUAUGAAGAUCGAUUGUCUUCUGGCCUUGUCAGCCCAGCUCCCAGCUUUUAUAGUAAAGAGUAUGACAAUGAAGGUACUGUGGACUAUAGUGAAACCUCCAGCCUUGCAGACCCCUGCUCACCCAGCCCUGGUGCCAGUGGUUCAGCAGGCAAGUCUGGAGACAGUGGGGAUCGGCCAGGGCAGAAACGCUUUCGCACUCAGAUGACUAAUCUCCAGCUAAAAGUUCUAAAGUCAUGCUUUAACGACUACAGGACGCCUACCAUGCUGGAGUGUGAGGUCCUAGGUAAUGACAUUGGACUGCCAAAGAGAGUUGUUCAGGUCUGGUUCCAGAAUGCUAGGGCAAAGGAGAAGAAGUCCAAGCUAAGCAUGGCCAAGCAUUUUGGUAUAAACCAAACAAGUUAUGAGGGACCCAAAACAGAGUGCACUUUGUGUGGCAUCAAGUACAGCGCUCGGCUGUCUGUACGUGACCAUAUCUUCUCUCAACAGCAUAUCUCCAAAGUUAAAGACACCAUUGGAAGCCAGUUGGAUAAGGAGAAGGAGUACUUUGACCCAGCUACUGUACGUCAGUUGAUGGCUCAGCAGGAGUUGGACCGGAUCAAAAAAGCCAAUGAGGUUCUUGGUCUGGCAGCUCAACAGCAGGGCAUGUUUGAUAAUACCCCUCUACAAGCUCUUAACCUUCCUACUGCGUACCCAGCACUACAGGGCAUCCCUCCAGUCUUGCUCCCAGGCCUCAACAGCCCAUCCUUGCCAGGCUUCACUCCAUCCAACACAGCUUUAACUUCUCCAAAACCCAACCUGAUGGGUCUGCCCAGCACAAGCGUCCCUUCACCUGGCCUUCCCACGUCUGGAUUACCAAAUAAACAGCCCUCCGCCUCGCUGAGCUCCCCAACGCCAGCCCAGCCGACCGCGGCCCUGGCCCCGCAGCAGCAGCAGCAGCAGCGCAAGGAGAAGGAAAGUGAGAAGACGAAAGAGAAGGAGAAGGCGCCCAAAGGGAAGGGGGAUUCCCUGCCGGGGCCCAGGAAGGAGAAAGGAGAGGCGCCCGCGGUGACCCUUUCCGCCCCCCUACCCACCAUGGAGUAUGCGGUGGAGCCUACCCAGCUCCAGGCACUGCAGGCUGCCUUGAAUUCAGACCCAACAGCCUUGCUUACAAGCCAAUUCCUUCCCUACUUUGUCCCCGGCUUUUCGCCCUAUUACGCCCCUCAGAUUCCCGGGGCCUUGCAGAGCGGGUACCUGCAGCCCAUGUACGGCAUGGAAGGCCUGUUCCCUUACAGCCCUGCUCUGUCCCAGGCUCUGCUAGGCCUGUCCCCCAGCUCCUUGCUGCAGCAGUACCAGCAAUAUCAGCAGAGUCUGCAGGAGGCGUUGCAGCAGCAGCAGCAGCAGCAGCAGAGGCAAGUGCAGCAGCAGCAGCAGAAAGUGCAGCAGCAGCAACAGCCCAAAGGAAGCCAAACCCCAGUCCCCCUGGGGGCUGCUACCCCAGACAAAGACCCUGCCAAAGAAUCCCCCAAACAAGAAGAGCAGAAAAAUGCACCCCGUGAGGUGUCCCCCCUCCUGCCCAAACCCCAAGAAGAGCCCGAAGCAGAAAGCAAAAGUGCGGACUCCCUGUGUGACCCCUUCAUUGUUCCAAAGGUGCAGUACAAGCUGGUGUGCCGCAAGUGCCAGGCGGGCUUCAGCGACCAGGAGGCGGCCAGCAACCACCUGAAGUCCCUCUGCUUCUUCGGCCAGUCUGUGGUGAAUCUGCAAGAGAUGGUGCUUCAUGUGCCCACUGGCAGCAGCGGCAAGGGCAGCAGCUCGUACCAGUGUGUGGCGUGCGAGAGCACAGUGUGUGGGGACGAAGCCCUGAGUCAGCAUCUCGAGUCAGCCCCUCACAAACACCGAACAAUCACAAGAGCAGCAAGAAACGCCAAAGAGCACCCCAGUCUAUUACCUCACUCUGCCUGCCUCCCCGAUCCUAGCACCGCAUCUACCUCGCAGUCUGCCGCUCACUCAAACGACAGCCCCCAACCCCCUCUGUCCUCCUCUUCCUCUUCAGCUUCCCCCCACGCCUCCAGAAAGUCUUGGCCUCAAGUGGUCUCCCGGGCUCCACUUGGGAAGCCGCCUCCUCCUUCUUUCCCUCCUCUCUCCUCAUCUUCAACGGUUACCUCAAGUUCAUGCAGCACCUCAGGGGUUCAGCCCUCGAUGCCAACAGACGACUAUUCGGAGGAGUCUGACACGGAUCUUAGCCAAAAGUCAGAUGGACCGGCUAGCCCGGGGGAGGGGCCUAAAGACCCCAGCUGCCCGAAGGACAGUGGUCUAACUAGUGUAGGAAUGGACACCUUCAGAUUGUAAGCUUUGAAGAUGAACAAUACAAAAAUGAAUUUAAAUAAAAUUAAUAACAAACCAAUUUCAAAAAUAGACUAACUGCAAUUCCAAAGCUUCUAACCAAAAAAAGAAAAAGAAAAAAAGAAAAAGUGUGGGUUGUUUUCCCAUAUAACAAUGCCGGUGGGUUUUACAUUUUUUUCUUUUAAUUAAAAAAAAAAAAAAACCUCUUACAUUUGUCCUUUUGAAGGUCCUGUUGGUCUGGGAGACAAAAGUCCAUACUGCCUCCUUAAUGUCUUUGGAGCUUAAACCCCUUGUAUAUUGCCCUUUUCCAAUAACGCCCCCACAUUGAUAGCACAGCAGAGGCCGGCAUGCACUGUAUGGGAAAGCAGCCCACCGUGCUACAGUUUAAAUUUCUUGCUAUCUUAGCAUUCAGAUACCAAUGGCUUGCUAAAAGAAAAAAGAAAUGUAAUGUCUUUUUAUUCUCAGGUCAAUCGCUCACACUUUGUUCUGUUUUCAGAAUCAUUGUUUAUAUAUAUAUAUAUAUGUGUGUGUGUGUGUGUGUAUAUAUAUAUAUAUAUAUAUAUAUAUAAAUGUUUUUGUUUGUUUU